AUGUGUGGCGACUAACCUGUGCUCGGAGGCGACAGUCCCACGCCGCUCGGGGGAAGGAAGGUCGUGAAGUGCCGCGUUCUUGCUUCGUGAAUGAUAUGCCUUGUGUUUCUGCCGUGGAAGUGAUAUAGAAUAUUCAUAGAUUUACCACAAGAUGGGGGUCUCGGUGAAAGAGCAAGAUUUACUCCCAGUAAAACCAUCCAUUGAGAAAAGCAAAAGCAAGAAGAAAAAACUCAAGAGUGGCAAGGGGAAGCCUACAGAGGAACCCCAAAAUAUACCAGAUGUUCCUUUGGUGUCAGAGGAUAAGCCAUCUAUUAAGAAAAGUUCAGGCAAGAAGAAAAAGCUGAAGGAGAAACUUAGCCAAGAGAAACCUUGUGAAGAACACCAAAAUGUGCCAGAUGAACAUGUUCCUUCGGAGUCUGAGGUAAAACCAUCUGUUAAGAAAAGGAGAAACAAGAAGAAAAAGCUCAAGAAUGGAAAGGAGGAACUUGGCUUGGAGAAACCUAGUGAAGAGCACCAAAAUGUACCAGAUGAACAUGUUCCUUUGGAAACUGAGGUAAAAGCAUCUGUGAAGAAAAGCAAAGGUAAGAAGAAAAAGCUCAAGAGUAGCAAAGAGGAAAUGGACGUGGAGAAACCUAGCGAAGAACCCCAAAAUUUACCAGAAGAAGAGGUUCCUUUGGUGUCUGAGGUAAAACAGUCUGCUAAGAAGAGCACAGGCAAGAAGAAAAAGCUCAAGAGUAGCAAGGAGGAACUUGGCUUGGAGAAACCCAAUGAAGAACACCAAAAUGGAUUAGAUGAACAUGUUCCUUUGGAAGCUGAGGUAAAGCCAUCUGUUAAGAAGAGGAGAGGCAAGAAGAAAAAGCUCAAGAGUGGCAAAGAGGAACAUACUUCGGAAGAACAAAAUGUACCAGAUGAUCAUGGUCCUUUGGUUUGUGAGACAAAACCAUCCGAUAAGAAGAGUGCAGGCGAGAAGAAAAAGCUCAAGAGUGGUAAGGAGGAACUUAGCCAGGAAAAAUCUAGUGAAGAACUCAAAAAUGUACCAGAUGAACAGGUUCCUUUGGUAUCUGAGGUAAGCCCAUCCGUUGAGAAAAGUGGAGGCAAGAAGAAAAAGCUCAUGAAUGGAAAAGCGAAACAGGGCUUGCAGACACCUAAAAAGGAAUCCAAACAUGUACCAGAUGAACAUGUUCCUUUGCUGUAUGAGAAUAUCACAGAAGGUCAGGUGAUUUUAGGAUGUAUACAAGAAGUCCAGGAUUGCGAGUUAAAGAUCAGUCUUCCCUACCGUUUGUCCGGAACUGUGUCCAUCAAGAAGAUCAGCAAAGCCUACACUGAGCUUGUGGAGAAGAUGGCAGAGGGAGAGAGCCAAGAUGAAGAGGGAAGACCAUUGCAAGACCUAUACCGACCUGGGCAAUUAGUGGUAACGUCCGUGGUCAGUACUGAUAAAAUAGGCGCAAGAAGGAAAGUAAACCUCUCGCUGAUGCCGCAAGAUGUAAACUCCUCACUCACUGCGCCACUCCUGGAAGUAGGCUUUGUACUGCCUUGUGCUGUGGCCAGCGUAGAGAACAAAGGCUUCAUCAUGGACACUGGCAUUGCCAGUAUACGAAGGGCUUUCUUACCCCACAAAGCAGUGCAAGGUGCAGCCUCUUCAGAUACUGUGGACGUGGGAAGUGUAAUGCGGUGCAAAGUGACCAAAAUCAGCGGCGGUGUGAAGGACAGCUGGGAUGUGGUCCUAUCUGCUGAUCCAAAGGCACUGAGCGAGGCCAUACUGCCUGUCGCUUCCACCACCAACAUUUCCUUGAUGAUUCCUGGGACAGCUGUUGAUACCACUGUGUCUAAGGUCGCAGAUUAUGGACUGAACAUCACCCUGGCUGAGUAUGAAGGGGUUGUGAACCGCAUCCACCUUAAGGAGCCUUUUGACAUUAUCCAGAAUUAUAAGAAAGGCAUGAAAAUAAGGGCCAGGGUGCUUUACACUGUGCCUGCGAAGAAAGUAGUGCAUUUCACUCUGCAGAACAUUUACUCAGAAAGCUCACAACUCGACCUGAAAGAGGGAGACAUUGUUGAAAAUGCAGUGGUCUUUGACUCACGGCCUGCGGGUAUUUCCCUCAAACUGAACGACAAGUACCGUGGCUACUGUUUCCUGAAAGAUCUCCCAUAUGGCCAUCAAAACCCCAGGAAUGUGAAGAAGGCAUUUCCCGUAGGCCAUAAGUCGGAGUGUAGCAUUAUCAGGUACUGCUACAUGGAUCGGAUGUUUAUUGUCUCAUUGCAGAAGAAGUUCAGCUAUGAUAAGAUAGAAGUAGGCACAAAACUGAAAGCAACCGUAAAGUGUUGCAAAGACCGUGGGAUACUAGUGGCCCUCAGCAAGACUGUUAGUGGCCAGAUUGAUUACCUGAUGUUAGAUACACAGGAGGAGAACCCAGAGAAGAAGUAUCCCCCUGGCUUGGUAUUGAACUGCAGAGUGUUGUAUGUGAUGCCGGAGAAGAAGAUUAUCAAGCUCACAAAUAAGAAGGGUAUGGUCAACUCACAGCUUCCAAUCAUAUCUGAAUUUGACCCUAAUCUGAUAGGCACUGUCUCAGAGGGGUACAUUGUGAGCAUCACCCCAUCAGGAUUGCUGGUAGCUAUGUAUAAUAAUGUGAAAGGUUUUGUACCAAAGAGCAAAGCCACAUCAGAAAAGGUGACAAGUCUAGAUGCAAUUUUCACCAUGGGUCAGGUUGUCAAGUUCUGCAUCAUGAAGGUGGAACCAGAGGCAAAGAGAAUGACACUGACCCUGUCUAUUGACGAGGAUGUGGAGAUGGCUGAGGAAGAGGAGGAGGAGAAGGAAGGGGAGACCAUAGGAGAGAAAGAGGAAACCAAGGAGAAGGCAGAGACCGCUGAUACCACAAAGAAGGUAGAGGAAUCUGAGAAGAAAAAAGGAAAGAAACGUAAGAAGGAAGAGGACUGUAAUGGAGAUAUAGAGACCACAGAAAAAGACGAGGGAACAGAAAAGAAAAAGAAAAAGAAAAAAAAAGGCAAGAUAGACCUCAAGGAGGAACCAGAGAACACUGAUGAGGGCAUAGUGAAUUUUGAGAACAAGAUGGAAAAUGAAGCAGGAACCAAUGACAGUACAGAAAAGGUAGAGGAAACUGAGAAGAAAAAAGGAAAGAAACGUAAGAAAGAAGUGGAAUGUAGUAUGGAUACAGAGAUCACAGAGAGUGAAGAAGGAACAGUAAAGAAAAAGAAGAAAGAUAAGAAAAAGAGAAAAAAGAAUGUGGUGGAUGAAGUAAAAGAUUUAGAAUUGGAAAAUGACACAGAUGAGGAAGCAGGUGUGAGUGAUACUGGACUGACAAACAAGAAGCCAUGCCUCUCUGUAGGGACUGGCUUUGUAUGGGAUGUCCCAGACACUCUUGCAGACAAGGGGCAGUCCAGUGAGAGUGAAGAUGAAGAGGAGGAUGAGGCAAAAAAGAAGAAAAACAAAAAGAUGACAAAGGCAGAGCGUGAAGCCAUGGCCAAGCAGGAGGAACAGCGACUGCAUGAGCUUGAGCGUGCUAGGCUGGAUAAAGAUCGACAGCCACAAACUGCCAUGGACUAUGAGGAGCUCUUGCAGACAAGUCCAAACUCCUCUGCAGUUUGGAUUCAGUUUAUUAGCUUCCAUUUAGAGAGCGCAGAGAUGGAGAAGGCUAAGGCAGUUGCACGGCGGGCGCUGCAGGUGAUCAACAUGCGGGAGGAGCAGGAGAGGCUCAAUAUCUGGACAGUGAUCCUUAGGCUAGAGGUGCUGUAUGGGACGCCAGAGACUGUGCAGGCAUCAUAUCGCGAGGCUUUGGCCACAAAUGACGAGCAACAGGUGCACCUUGCCAUGGCUAUGGUCUAUGCUGAGAAUGAUAAGAUUAAGGAUGCUUCCAACAUCUACUACAUUAUGACCAAGAAGUUUGGCCAAGUGCUGGAUGUGUGGAUCAAAGCAGGAAUUUUCUUCUUUAGAAAUAAAAAGUUUGAUGAAGCCAGAAAGUACAUGGAUAGAGCACUGAUUGCCUUGGAAAAGAAGUAUCAUGUGGAGCUCAUCAACCGCUUUGGCCAACUUGAAUUCAAAUUUGGCGAGGCAGAGAGGGGAAGGACCAUGUUCGAGAGUCUGCUCAGCAACUAUCCCAAACGUAUAGAUGUUUGGAGUGUCUAUGUAGAUCUGUUGACUAAGAAUGGAGAUAUAGAAGGGGCAAGGACCGUCUUGGAACGCAUGACAGGCCUGAAGCUAAAGAUCCGCAAGAUGCGUGGGAUCUUUAAGAAGUUCCUAGACUUUGAGAAGACUCAUGGAACACCACAGAGGGUCCAGGCUGUGAAGAAGCAGGUGGAAGACUUUGUGGCUGCUGCAAUUGGCAAGGAGUAAAGCAAUAAAUAAAUGAUAUUUGAAAGUGAAUUGAUUUGUGAUUUAUUGUAAUAUUUUUUGUUAUCAUCAUCAUCAUAAUCAUCAUCAUCAUCAUAAUCAUUAUUAUCAUUAUCAUUAUUAUCAUUAUUACAACUUUCACUAUCAAUGUCAAUGGUAUUAUGAUUG